UAUACGCUUCAAUAAAAAAUACCACAUAUGAUGAGUGGAGUUUAAAAUGCUCAUAAGGGCAGACAAGUUUGGUUGGUAAAUUUGCAAGUACGAAGCACGACAAAGCUGGUCUAUUCUGCCUUUAAAAAUUAAUAGUACUGCAAGUUUUCAAAAGUAUCAAAAUUUAGAUCCCUCAACAGUCAACACUCAAAGCUCUUUUCACCAUGUUCAAUCCCCUCCAACGUAUCCCACUCCUCUUGUUCUUCCUCUCACUCUCCACUAUCUCUGCCUCCGAAUCAGACACACCCAUUUCCCGUUUCCAAAAUUACCUCAGAAUCAACACCGCCCACCCUAACCCAAACUACACUUCCCCCAUCACUUACCUCAUCAACUUCGCCAGCUCCAUCCCAAACCUCCACUCCAAAGUCCUCCACCUAACCCCCACCAUACCCCUCCUAUUGUUAACCUGGCCCGGUACCUCCAACCCUUCACUUCCCUCCAUUCUUUUCAACUCCCAUCUCGACUCCGUCCCCGCCGAGCCCGAAAAGUGGACCCACCCACCCUUUUCAGCUCAUAAAACUUCCGAUGGAAGAAUCUUUGCGCGUGGCGCCCAGGACGAUAAGUGCAUUGGCAUGCAGUAUUUGGAGGCAAUCAAAGCGAUACAGAGCAAAGAUCCCGACUUUAAACCUAUAAGAAAUGUUCAUAUAUUAUACGUUCCCGAGGAGGAGGUGGGUGGGUUUGAUGGGAUGGGGAAGUUUGUGGAGACUAAAGAGUUUAAAGAGUUAAAUGUUGGGUUUGUGAUGGACGAGGGACAGGCUUCAACUAAUGAUGAGUUUAGGGUGUUUUAUGCUGAUAGGACACCUUGGCAUAUGGUGAUUAAGGCUGUUGGAACACCUGGACAUGGGUCAAGAUUGUAUGAUAAUACUGCUAUGGAGAAUUUAAUGAAGAGUAUUGAGGUUAUUACUAAGUUUAGGGAGUCUAAGUUUGAUAUAGUCAAGGCUGGAUUGGCUGCUAAUUCUGAAGUCAUUUCUGUGAAUCCAGUGUUUCUCAAGGCUGGAAUUCCUUCCCCAACUGGAUUUGUAAUGAACAUGCAACCCUCUGAAGCUGAGGCAGGAUUUGAUAUUAGGAUGCCACCAACGGCUGAUCCACAGCUUAUGAGGAAGAUAAUUGAAGAGCAAUGGGCACCAGCUUGGAGGAACAUGACAUAUGAGAUAACCGAGAAAGGAUUCCUGAGGGACAACAUGGGAUGUCCUUUGAUGACACUCACUUCCGAUUCCAACCCUUGGUGGUCUGUUUUUAAUGAAGCUGUUACUAGAGCUGGGGGCAAACUCUCCAAGCCUGAAAUAUUAGCGUCGACAACUGAUGCUCGAUUCAUGAGACGACUGGGAAUUCCCACCUUUGGUUUCUCCCCUAUGAAGAACACCCCCAUCUUACUGCAUGACCACAAUGAGUUCCUCAAGGAUACUGUUUACUUGGAGGGGAUUAAGGUCUAUGAAUCCAUAAUAAAGUCAAUAAGUUCCUUUGAGGGAUCUUAUGAACACUGGUGUAAUGCAGUUUCUCAACAAUGAAGCUUUUGAAAACUUGGUAUGAUAUUCAUCUCUUUUUUUG